CUUACGCCAACGUACGUGCGGCGGUUCUAAGAGGAAGGAAGAUGGCGGACAACAAAGGCGAGGAAGAUAUGGAACCGUCAGCUAACUCGGACUCAGUGCCUUCGGCGCCAGCUAACGAGCCGACGGAUUCAAAAAUCGAAAACACGGUAAUGGUAACAGAAGCGACAACAAAGGGAGACGCAGAAACCGAGCCCCCUGAUAAGGCUGACGAGGAACCUCCGCCCAGCGCUGGCGGUGAAGCAGUGGACAUUAGCAAAGACGAGGCUGCCGUUGCUGCGGCGGGAGAAACCAAUGGCAGCCCGGCGGCCGAAACAUCGAAUAGCACCAACGCGGAGCCGGCGUCGACCGAAACCCUUCCCGCCGUGGACGCUUCGGUCGGCGGAUCAACAACCGAAACAUCUCCACCUCCUCCUGCUCCGGCGGCCGCCACACCGGUAUCCACUCCCAUUAAUCUACUGGAUACGUGCGCAGUGUGUAAACAAAGUCUGCAGAGUCGAGACUGUGAACCGAAACUUCUGCCUUGUCUGCACUCAUUCUGCCUGAAAUGUAUACCGCAACCAGACAGACAGAUAAGCGUACAGGUGCCAGGACCGCACGGGCAAACUGACACGCACAUAGUAAAUGUAAUGCGCUGUUCGGUUUGCUGCCAGGACUACAAACAAAGCGACAUAAUAGACAACUAUUUUGUCAAAGAUACCACAGAGGCCACCAGCACGUUGGAUGAGAAAGCUGCACAGGUGUGCACGAGUUGUGAAGACAAUGCUGGAACCAUAGGCUUUUGUGUAGAGUGUGGAGAAUGGUUGUGUAAGACAUGUGUGGAGGCCCAUCAGAGAGUCAAAAUUACCAAAGAUCACAAAAUACGUACAAAGGAAGAUGCUGAUGCUGCUUCUG